AUGGCCGCGCCGAACCCGGACGCCUACGUCCCCCUGCCGUCGGCCGCCCCCUCGAAGAAGGUUCCAGCCAACAAGAUGGCCGCGCCAAACCCGAACGCCUACGUUCCCCUGUCGUCGGCCGUUCCCGCGAAGAAGGCCCCAGUCAACAAGAUUGCCGCGCCGAACCCGGACGACUACGCCCCCCUGUCGUCGGCCGCCGCCGCGAAGAAGGCCCCAGCCAACAAGAUGGCCGCGCCGAACCCUGACGCCUACGUCCCCCUGCCGUCGGCCGCUCCCGCGAAGACGGCUUCGGCCAAAAAGAUGGCCGCAUCGGCAACGGUCAAAAACCCGGACGCCUACGUCCCCCUGCCGUCGGCUGCCCCCGCGAAUAAGGCCCUAGCCAACAAGAUGGCCGCGCCAAACCCGGACGCCUACAUCCCUCUGCCGUCGGCCGCCCCUGAUCUCCACCACAGCGUCGCUCUGCCGUCUGCCAACGCCCCGAAGCAACCACAGUACCAUGAAACAGAUGCAUGGGAUCAUACCGACCACAGCGACCAUGCCCAGUACGUCCCUCUGCCGUCGGCCGCCCCGGAGCUCGCUAUCUUCCCUCUGCCGUCGGCCGCCCCGGACCUUGACAUCUUCCAUCUGCCGUUCGCCGCCCCGGAGAUAGCCAUCGUCCCUCUGCCGUCGGCCGACUCGGAGCUACAGCACACUUCCCCGACAGCCCUGGAGGCUGGCUUGUCAAAAUACCUGGAAAGCUUUACAAUGCUUAAACACAAUUUACGAUGA